AUAGAGAUAUCAGUGUGUUUGUUGUGAAUAGUAAACUUAAUUUGCUAUUCCCUCACAUGGAUAGAGAUAGAAUUGACCUUAAGGAAUUUGAGAAGAUGUUGCGUGUUAAGUUGCAUCUUGAUGAAACAGAAAUUCCAAAUUUAUAUUGGACCAUAGACCCAUGUCUGCCUGAGUAUUUGGUUACAAAUGAAGACUUGUUUAAGUUUUGGGAGCAUGCUGUACCUGAUGAUAAAGGGUUCAUAUGUUUACAAAUGAGUGUAAUGAAUUCAGAAUUUAGGAAUGACAAUGACUUCAUUAAGGAUGCAAUGGAACAACCAGUAGUAACAAUUGAUGAGACUCCUAAGAAGGCACCUAAGAGGAUUGCUAAGAAGCCAGUUUCAAAGGAAAAGUCAGUAAAGAUAUCACCUACAAGGAGAUCACCAAGGUUGCAUGCUCAAUCAAAGAAUGAAAACUCAAAUGGAGGAGCAUCUAGGAAGUUGUUGUUCAUGGAUCUGUUAAAUGAAGUGGAAUCUCAGGGUUUUUCUUGCCUAAGUCAAGCCACUGUUGUUGGUUCUAGCAGUACACCAGUUGAUAGCUUUAAUCAUGAUUACUGGGUUGAUGAAGUAAACAACACUGCUGCAGGGGAUAACACUGAUGCAGGGGAUAAGACUGAUGCAGGGGAUAAGGCUAAUGCAGGGGAUAAGACUGAUACAGGGGAUAAGACUGAUGCAGGGGACAAUAGUGAUGGUGAUGAUGAGGACAAUGUGGUGCUAGAGAACACUACUGUAGAUGAAUGUCACCCCAUUGAAGACCCAAAUGCUCCACCAAUCUUUGACAGUGAUGAAGAAAAUGAUAUUGAUUAUGAAGAUAUUGUCAAGACAUACAAAGUUGGAGAUGAAAGCAGUGAUUCAAGCAGUAGUGAAGAAGACAAUGAAGAAGUUUCUAAUGAUGACAAGGCAUGA